AUGGCGAUCCCUUGGGAUUCCAUCCGCUCCCUCCUCCUCUUCUUCGGCCCCGUCCUCCUCCCCAAGGCCAUCUCCUGGUACCGCUCCGUUCGUGACGCCUCCCGCGCCGCCGACCUGCCCCUGCGCCCCGUGCCGCCCAACGCGCGCCUCGCCGUCGCCCUCCUGCUCGGCCUCGCCGCCGCCUUCCUCGUCAAGGCCCUCCCCGUCUUCGCACCCGAGAACCUCUUCGCCGCCACCCAGAGCCGCCUCCAGAUCCCCGUCGACGUGCUCUUCGCCCGCGUCGGCGCCGCCCUCCGCAGCCGUGACCCCUCGGCGCCGGCGUCCCUCACCCCCACCGACGAGGCCCUGCGCGCCCGCUUCGUCAACCUCGAGAGCCGCCUGCUCUACCUGCAGUUCGGCCCCGAGGUGCUCGCCGACUGCCCGUUCUGCGCCGCCGACGAGCCGAGGACGUACUUCUACUACGCGCUCCCCGCGCUGCUCGCGCCGCACCUUGCCAACCUAGUUGCUCUCGCCGUCGUCACGAGCCCUUCGCUGACGGGCAAGCCCGGCGCGCAGUGGCGCCGCCUCGCCGUCGUCGUCGCGUCCGUCGUCGCCGCCCUCGACGUCUACCUCGUCAGCUCGUACAACUACCAGGCCAACGCGCGCGCGCUGCGCCUCUCUGAGGUCGACUUCUUCUUCUGGCGCACCCGCGCCGCGCGCCUCGUCGCCCUCGCGGGUCUCGACGCCCUGCUCGCGGGCUUGCUGUACCUCUCCGCUACGAACCGCGCUUUUGCGCAGCUGCCCUCGCCCGCCGAGCGCGUCGACAACGCGGCCCGCGCCGUGGCUGCCGCGAAGAGCAGGAUGAGCGCCGUCGGCAUCAUCAAGAAUACGGCGCUGCGGGACGAGGACCUGCGCGCCCGGUCCCACGCCUACUGGACGCACGAGGUGCGCCUCAUGCGCGACGUCAUGGAGGAACGCGAGGUUAUUGAGGGCGUCAACGAUGCGCUCACAAACAGAAUCGACAUUCAGGCCAUCUCUAGGGACGCCGACAUGUACGCCCACAGCGUGCUGGAGCAGCUGCGGCAGGAUUCCGCAGACGGCACCAUCUGA